GAAGAGAAGAUGGAGAGGGUUUUGUGUAAUAGACACGGCACUGUGUGUAUGUUAAAAACAGGUGUAAAAGAUGGGCCAAAUAAAGGCAAGAGCUUUUACGUCUGCGUCGACAAGGAUUGUGAUUUCAAUCAGCAGGCCAGUAUGUCACCGUCCCACUGCCUUCUCCACGAAGACUCCGUGGUGGAGCUUCAGGCUCUCAGCUACAGUCAGCAACAACAGGUCCACAGGCUGUACUACAGAUGUUGUGUUGGUAAAAAAGCAGGGCAGAGAUGGUGUGGAAGCGUGCCAUGGACUGCUGUGGAAAAAGAAAAGAGAAGCCCUCUGUCUGACACACAGCUACAGCCUCCCUGCCUUCCUCCAGUUAAAAACCCCUUUAAGGUCCCCAACAAGAUGGCCACAGACUCAGAAUGGAGGAAAAUGCAGAGUGGUGGAUCGGAAGAGAAAGAUAAGCAGAAGAAAAUCAGUGAGAUGACCCAUAAAGCUGCAGGAAGAGAAAGCUGCUACAAAGAAAAUGUGGAGGCUGCAGGAGUUGGAAACAAAGAGGAAGGAAAGGUGAAUACACCUGAUACUUAUCAAGGUAAACCUCUUCCACUGGGAAUGAAGUUAAAGAAGAGGAUUUCAAAUGAUGACAGCAGCACUUCAAAACCAGACAGUGAUGCUAAAACAACUUCUAAAAUCCAAGACAAGGCUAGGGAGAAGUCUGCAGAGCAGGAAGAAACCCCAAAAUACAUUUUGAUGCCCAGCAUCAAGGUUGAUCACUUGACGAAAACAAGUCAAACCUCCCCUGAUCUUCAAACAGGUGUGCUGCAAAAACCAGCCGGUGGUGAAACCAGUUUAGAGAUUCAGAGCAAACCAAAGCCUCAGGAGAGUUCAGUGAGAUCUGAACCCUGCAGAAGUGUCCAGGCAUCCAGAGACGCUGAUUGUGUUUCAUCAGAAAGGAAGUCCAAACAAAUAGAGACCUACAAAGAAGAUGAGGAUGACGAUGUUGUGUUGGUGUCAGUAAAACCUGCAACUCAGAAAACUCCCCCGGUUUCUGCUGCCCAAAGGACCAUAACCAGCUUCCCUGGGUUCAAGUCAGCUGCUCAGGUGGGAGAUCCUAAAGGGAUGCAUAAUCUGCUCAGUGCACAGCUCAAACAGAAAAAGGCCACAUUGUCUUCGGUGAAUGUGGAAGCUCUGCCAGAUAAAGGAGAGAGGUUAAAGACGCAGGUUAAAGAGCUGGAAGAUGCGCUGGAUUCUCUGAGUCUCUCUGCUGCUGCUCCGUCCGAGUGUGUAGGUGAGUCUGACAGCGUUAAAGUCGGCGUCAGGAAUCCCCAUCUCAACCCGUUCAGCCGGCAGGGUGGGACCAUCCUGCUCCCCUCCCCUCCAGUACACCAACACCAAGCCUCUGGCAGCUCUCUGGGUCUUCAGUCAAGCCAGGGAUACACCCAGAUGUUUGGAGAUCCACAGAUGCACAGCUAUUACGGUGGUAGGAUGACGUCCGAUCGCCUUCUGGAGGUGAAGAACGCCACAUGUGAAGCCAUCGACCAUCUUCACAAAUCUCUGGAGUCCUGUCCCGCCCCUGAGGCCGAGGCCCCUGACCCAAGCUUCAUCAAGGUGCCUCUGUUGGCCCAUCAGAGGAGAGCGUUGGCCUGGCUGCUGUGGAGGGAAGCACAGAACCCCUGUGGAGGAAUUCUGGCGGACGACAUGGGUUUGGGAAAAACCCUGACCAUGAUCGCUCUUAUACUGGCAAAGAAGAAAGCUGAAAGGAAAGAAAAGGAGAAGAAGGAAAAAGAGAAGAUGGAGACCUGGUUGUCUAAAACUGACUCUAGCAUUGUUGCCUCUAAGAGCACUCUGAUCAUCUGUCCCGCUUCUCUGAUUCACCACUGGAAGAACGAGAUCGACAGACAUGUGAAGAGAGGAGAGCUGACUGUGUAUCUGUACCAUGGUGCCAAUCGCCAGAAAAGUCCCCGAGUGCUGGCAGAUUAUGAUGUGGUGGUGACCACGUAUAGUUUGGUGUCGAAGGAGAUCCCUGUCCAGAAGGAGGAGGCCCAUAAUCCCAGCAAAGAACCGGAUCAUGUGUCGUCACGCUCAGCUCCUCUUCUGCGUGUAGCCUGGGCCCGCGUGGUUCUGGAUGAAGCCCACAACAUCAAGAAUCCCAAAGUGCAGACGUCCUUGGCGGUGUGUCAGCUGAGGGCCUGCGCUCGCUGGGCUGUCACAGGUACACCCAUCCAGAACAACCUGCUGGACAUGUACUCGCUGCUCAAGUUUCUGCGUUGUUCUCCAUUUGAUGAAUACAAACUGUGGAAAGCUCAGGUGGACAACGGUUCCACACGAGGCAGAGAGAGACUCAACAUCCUGACGAGGACUCUGCUGCUGAGACGAACCAAAGACCAGCUGGACUCUGCAGGAAAACCACUGGUGCAUCUUCCUAAUCGGACCUGUGAGGUGCAUCAGCUCCAACUCUGUGAGGAUGAGAAGGCUGUGUAUGAUGUGGUGUUCGCUCAGUCCAGAUCCACACUGCAGAGCUACCUGAAGAGACAUGAAGGAAACGAUGUGGAGAAGGGAAACGCUUCAGCUUUAAAUCCGUUUGAAAAAGUGGCCCAGGAGUUCGGUUUGUCCCAGUCUGCUCCUGCUGUGUCCGGCCCACCGCAGCCGUCCAGCACUGUCCACAUCCUGUCCUUGUUGCUGCGUCUCCGACAGUGCUGCUGCCACCUCUCGCUUCUUAAAAAGACGCUGGACACGUCAGAGCUGCAGGGCGAUGGGAUCGUCCUGUCUCUGGAGGAGCAGCUCAACGCGCUGUCGCUCUCCUCCGGCCCCUCGCCAUCGGCCGGCGAGCCCAAAGACACGGUGGCUCUAAACGGCACCCGCUUCUCCUCACAGCUGUUUGAAGAGAGCAGUAGGAGCACUAAGAUUUCUGCGAUCACCUCUGAGUUGAUGGCAAUCAGAGAAAAGAGUGGCAACCAGAAAAGUGUGAUCGUGUCCCAGUGGACCAGCAUGCUCAACAUUGUAGCUGUUCACCUGCGAAAGAUGGGCUUCAGGUACGGCGUUAUCGACGGGACUGUCAACCCCAAGCGUCGCAUGGACUUGGUGGAGGAAUUCAACACAAACCCAGAAGGACCACAGGUGAUGCUGGUUUCUCUUUGUGCUGGAGGGGUUGGACUUAAUCUCAUCGGUGGCAAUCACCUGUUCCUCAUUGACAUGCACUGGAACCCAGCUUUGGAAGAUCAGGCCUGUGAUCGGAUCUACAGAGUGGGACAAAGGAGAGACGUCACCAUUCACAGAUUUGUGUGUGAAGGCACGGUGGAGGAGAAGAUUUCCACACUGCAGUUUAAGAAGAAGGAACUGGCCCAGAAUGUGCUUUCAGGAACAGGAAGCACGGUCUCCAAACUCUCGCUGGCUGAUCUCAAAAUUAUUUUUGGUGUUUGAAAGAUGAGAGUAUUAAGGCUGGUGCCACCCUUUUAAACCCAUAGUUAUUUGUGUUUAUCUAUGUUUGCACGUAUUAAAAUGCACAUCUGGAAAAUCUCGGGGGGGAAAAAACAAUGACUGUGGUAAUAGAGGUUGUAAGGUUGCCAGGAGUGGAGUUUUACUUUAAAUAUAUUUGCAGAUGACUGCAUACUUUUUGUGUCCUCUGUUUAUGUUCAAAAUGUUUUGAAUGAAUAAAUAAAAGUAAUUGAACUUAUGAAAAAUAGCAGCUUGUCUGAGUUUCUCUGAUGGACCUGUUUUUUCUGCAACCCAACCACAGAUAAGUGCUGGGGCAUGGAUGGAUGGAUAUUGCAAUUGUACUACAUUUUUCUUGAAAAUAAAGUUUAAUUUUAUA